AUGUCAUCUAAUGUUAAUAAAUUAAUCGAUCCUUCUAUAUGUUCUUGUUUUCCUAAUUCAUAUCGAUAUAAUAUUUUCAGUAAAAUAAAAUGGUCUACUUUAUCUCUUGGCACAGCAUUAUUAAUUAUUAUUGUUUAUCUAAGUAGUGGACUACAUGCCUUGAUAGAUGUAACAUCAAUGACAUCUUCACAAUCACAUAAUAGUGAAGGUGUCUUAUGGACAAUAGCAUCUUCUUCAUCCAUGAUUAUUUUUGGUUGGAUAUUAGUGUCAAUUUAUUUCAUUGUUGUUCUUCUUAUUAUUAUUCUUCUUUGUGGCAUUCAACUAGAAAAAGCAUGGCUUUUAUUUCUCUGGUCAAUUUUGAUGAUAUUCAUGUUACUUGCAGAUGGUAUUGUUACUAUUUUUUCUCUUCGAGAACAUCAACAUCAAAAUCGACCGCUGAAAGAAAUUAAAAUCUUAUUUUUUGUUAUGAUUGUUCGUCUAAUUGUUUCAUUAUGUGGAAUAUUUGUGACUGUGUUUCACUUUCGUCGUUUGAAUAAAAUUCAAUCAGAUCAACUCCAUCAACAAAAAAUGUUAAAUCGUUUCAAUGCUGAAUCACCCAUGUCAUCAUCAUAUCACGAUUCAAGUGAUCGUUCUGUUGCUAUGUUAAAUCCAACUAAAUUCAGUGAUAAUGAUCGUUAUUCAACAGAAAUGAUUCCAUCUGUUUCAUUGCCAAGAGCAAAAUUUAGUACUAUGCAACAACAACAAGGACCAACAAUAUUUCAUACAUAUAAUCAUCAAUCGGAAUAUAUUAUGCAUUCAUAUCGUAAAGCAAUCAAUAAAUACAACAAUGAUUUUCGAUAUAAUGUGCCAUUACAAGAACGUUUUCAUGAACAAGAAAUUAGAGGUUUACAAAACAUUUAG